CCACUUCCGGUUUCCGGCGCGCGUGUUCUCUCUUUCUCCGGCUUCAGCUGCAGGUGUGAACAUGGCGUCUCGCAGAGAACCCAGCAGUACUGUGGCUGCUGCCGCCGCCAUUGAGACCCCGGUGAAACAAGUGCAGAUAGACGGACUGGUGGUUUUGAAGAUCAUUAAGCACUAUCAGGAGGAAGGCCAUGGAAGCGAGGUGGUGCAGGGAGUGCUGCUUGGACUUGUGGUCGACGAUCGGCUUGAAAUCACCAACUGCUUUCCGUUUCCACAACACACAGAAGACGACGCAGAGUUCGAUGAAGUCCAGUAUCAGAUGGAGAUGAUGCGCAGCCUCCGUCACGUCAACAUUGACCACCUCCACGUUGGCUGGUACCAGUCCACCUACUACGGCACCUUCGUCAGCCGUGCCCUCCUAGAUUCCCAGUUCAGCUACCAGCAUGCCAUAGAGGAAUCUGUGGUCCUCAUUUACGAUCCCAUUAAAACGGCUCAGGGCUCAUUGUCGCUUAAGGCUUAUAGGCUGACUCCGAAACUGAUGGAAGUCUGCAAGGAGAAAGACUUCAGUGUGGAAGGAUUGAAAAAAGCCAACAUUGCCUUCGAAAACAUGUUUGAAGAGGUUCCUAUUGUCAUUAAGAACUCUCAUCUCAUCAACGUGCUGAUCUGGGAGUUGGAUAAGAAGGCGCCUGUGGCCGAGAAACAUGAGCUGCUUAGUCUGUCCAGCAGUAAUCAUCUGGAGAAGAGCCUUCAGCUCCUUAUGGACCGGGUGGAUGACAUGAGCCAAGACAUUGUGAAAUUCAACACGCAUUUAAGGAACGCCAGCAAGCAGCAGCAGCAAAAGCACCAGUAUGUUCAAAGACGGCAACAAGAAAACAUUCAGCGGCAAAGUCGCGGGGAGCCGCAAUUGCCCGAGGAAGACGUGACCAAACUGUUCAAACCCCCUCUUCCCCCGCCUCGUAUGGAUUCACUUCUCAUUGCAGGUCAAAUUAACACGUACAUCGAGAACAUAAAGGAGUUCACUUCUCAGAACCUGGGAAAGCUGUUCAUGGCUGAAGCUUUACAAGACCAAGCUAACUGAAAUGUCCAUCCCCUCUUCUGUAGGACAGUGCAAACACCCAACAAACGUUGCCUGGAUAACUUUUAUUACCAACAUUGAUCUUUCAGGAAUAACAAAUAAAGAACUUUUAAUAUUGA